AUGUCUAAAAGAAACGAGCGAGAAAACAGAUCAUCAAGCUCGUCUUCACAACAGACGCCAUCGCCCAAAAGAAAUCGUCGCUCUAGCAGCACUGUGAUGGAAGACAGCAAACAAUCUGAGGCCCUUAGCCUGGAGCAGUUUAACCAAAUUAUGGACAAACUUUCUCGUUUAGAUACUCAAAUGCAAGAGCAUUUUGGAAACCUGACAUCCGAAAUUUCAAUCUUGAGACACGAAAUGAAACAAGAACUUGAUGGUGUGAAAAAGUCCCUGAGAGACGUAGAAAAAUCUCUAGAGGCGGCUUGGGAUUCAAUCAACGACAUUCAAGAAGAAACAAAAACCCACAACGACUACAAGAAAACAUGCCAACAAAGCCUCGACUCUCAUCGCCAAGAACUAGACCUGCUCAAAGUAAACCUCAAAAAAGUUGACAGCCAACAAGCUGAAAUCGAAAAUUUGAAAACAAGGCUGCUUGAAGAACAGGAGAAAAUUAUUGCUUUGGAGACCUAUUCUAGACGCGAGAAUCUUCGAUUUAUGAAUGUACCUGAACGCAAUGACGAAAAUUGCAUGGAUGUAGUGUAUGAUAUAAUUGAAAAUGACAUGAAUAUCAAUGUAGAAGAUAUUCACUUCCAUGCAGUUCAUCGUGUUGGGAAACCGCGCUCAGAAGAUGCCUCCAAAAGCUUCCCGAGACCAAUUAUUGCACGCUUCCUCAGCAGGGAAGACAGAGACGCAGUUUUUCGAGAGAGAAACAGGUUGAAAGAUUCAUCGAGAGCUAAGGAUGUAUACAUAACGCAAGAUUACGCAAAAGCGAUACAGCAGGAAAGGAAAGUAUUAAUCAAAGCGAUGUUCCAAGCAAAGGAGCGAGGUUUGAGCGCAAAAGUUAUCGAUAGAAAGCUUAUUAUCAACAAUGUUAUUUACAAAGUAAGUAAUAUCCCUGAAGACCUUAGACCUCCUCAAUCCAGUGCACAGGCUUAAUGGAGACAUUUAAUCUAAAUUUUCUGUUUUUCCAUUGUCACGCGAACGUACGGCUGCUUCCCGUAUCAGACUAAGUUCUUCUGAGACUCCUUAUGGACCCAACCAACGGACUUUUAAUGUUUUGCUUGAUUUAUUUGUUUAUUUUAGCCUCGUACCCUUCUGUUUUUGGUGGCAAUAUUUAUUUUCUUUGUUUAGUCAUACAAAUUAGUUGCAUACUCGAAACAUAUCUACGUUUUUCAAUUGCUUUGUUUAUAAGCAUCCACAAACUAUCCCAUACAACGCCGAAUUAGUAAUUUGCUCAUUAAACGUGAGAGGUUUGUCGAACAUCAUGAAAAGGCGUGAGACCUUCCGUUGGCUUAAGAUGAAGAAAUAUGCCGUUUAUUUUUUACAAGAAGUUCAUUGUACAGAAGACAAAGAGCACAUAUGGUCCGCGGAGUGGGGGUAUUCCGCCAUAUUCAGCAGCUUCUCUAGCGCCAGCGCCGGAGUAUGUGUGCUUUUUAAUAAUAAUUUCAACUUUCAAAUUUUAAAAUCCUUUUCCGAUCCAGAGGGAAGGUUCGUCAUGGUUGAUAUCAAAUUAGAAAGUAAGAUCUUAACUUUGGUUAAUAUUUAUGCACCGAAUGAAGACAAGCCUACAUUCUUCCAAAACGUUCUAAACCAACUUCUCUGUUUUGACUGCAGCGAGAUAAUUCUUGGUGGAGACUUUAAUUUAGUGCUUGAUGUCCAAAAAGACAAAAAAGGUGGAAGACCAGUAACCCACAACAACUCGUUAAAAGAGGUCAAGCACAUUUCAAACGUAUUGGAUCUCAUAGACAUUUGGCGUUGCUUUAACCCAGAAGCUAAAAGAUUCACUUGGAGGAGAAGAAAACCUGACAUACACUGCCGUCUAGACUUUUUUUUGACAAGCUCUAGCUUAAGUACAACUAUCACCAAUGCAGACAUAUUACCUGGGUACAAAACAGAUCACUCUUUAAUAUCUAUUCAUUUGGCAAAUGAUGCAAACCCCAGGGGCCCGGGUUUUUGGAAAUUGAACACCUCUUUUCUGUUAGAUGAAGAAUAUGUCGGCCUAAUUAAGAAAACAAUCACUGAUGUAGCAAAUGAAUAUGCGAACAAUAACGAGAUUGAUGCCAUUCUAUUAUGGGACACCAUGAAGAUGCAAAUUAGGUCAAGCUCUCUAAACUAUGCA